GAAAAAUUUGUCUAGUUGAAUUCAUAGUAACCAGAACUGAAACCUUUACAUAACAUGAGUCGGUUCUGCUCAACAUUAACAAAACCUUUUCACUCUGAUCAUUGUUGUAGACUUGCCUCUUUGGUUGACACAUGCAAAUCAAUUCAACAAAUUAAGCAGACUCAUGCCCAAUUAGUCACCACAGCUCUAAUCUCACACCAUGUUUCAGCCAACAAGUUCCUUAAGCUUGUUGCUGAUGCUUCUCUUUCAUAUGCCCACAAACUGUUUGAUCAAAUUCCUCAGCCAGACUUAUUCAUUUACAACACCAUGAUCAAAGCACAUUCUUUGUCACCCAGUUCUUGCAAUGAUUCCCUCAUGGUGUUCCGCUUACUAACCCGGGAUUCGGGUCUUUCUCCAAAUCGAUAUAGCUUUGUGUUUACUUUCGGUGCCUGUGGAAAUGGGUUGAGUGUGCAGGAAGGGGAGCAGGUUCGAUCUCAUGCUGUAAAGGUUGGUUUGGAUAGCAAUGUCUUUGUUGUGAAUGCCUUGAUUGGUAUGUAUGGAAAGUGGGGACUUGUGGAGUAUGGCCGAAAAGUUUUUGAAUGGGCGGUGGAUAAAGACUUGUAUUCAUGGAAUACCAUGAUUGCUGCCUACGUUGGAUCUGGUAACAUGAGUCAAGCUAAGGAAUUGUUUGAUGAAAUGCAAGAACAAGAUGUGGUGUCAUGGAGCACUAUAAUUGCUGGUUAUGUUCAGGUUGGCUGUUUCAUGGAGGCUUUGGAUUUCUUCCACAGGAUGUUGCAAGUAGGUCCGAAACCAAAUGAAUAUACCCUUGUAAGUGCUCUUGCAGCCUGUUCAAAUCUAGUAGCACUGGAUCAAGGAAAGUGGAUCCAUAGUUUCAUUGGCAGGGGAGAGAUUAAGAUGAAUGAGCGGCUUCUUGCUAGCAUCAUUGACAUGUAUGCAAAGUGUGGAGAGAUUGAAUCUGCAUCAAGAGUUUUCUGGGAACACAAUGCGAAGCGAAAAGUUUGGCCAUGGAAUGCCAUGAUUGGUGGGUUUGCGAUGCAUGGAAAACCUUCUGAGGCUAUCAAAGUCUUUCAAAAAAUGAAGGUUGAAAAUGUUUCUCCUAAUAAAGUCACGUUCGUUGCCUUAUUAAAUGCUUGUAGCCAUGGCUACAUGGUUGAGGAGGGAAAAUUAUAUUUCAGAUUGAUGGUUAGUGAUUAUGGAAUCAUCCCAGAAAUAGAGCAUUAUGGAUGCAUGGUUGAUUUACUUAGUCGCGCAGGGCUCUUGAAGGAGGCUGAAGACAUGAUUUCAAGCAUGCCCAUGGCUCCAGAUGUUGCAAUAUGGGGAGCAGUGUUGAAUGCUUGUAGAAUCUAUAAAGAUAUGGAGCGUGGAUAUAGAAUCGGCAGGAUAAUCAAAGAAAUGGAUCCUAACCAUGUAGGGUGUCAUGUUCUAUUGGGAAAUAUAUAUUCUUCAUCUGGGAGAUGGAAUGAUGCAAGAAUGCUGCGAGAGAAGAGUGAAAUCAGUACUGCCACCAAAAAAAUUCCUGGUUGCAGCUCAAUUGAAUUGAAUGGGACAUUCUAUCAAUUCCUUGUCGGGGAUCGGUCCCAUCCUCAAAGUAGGGAGCUUUAUUCAUUUUUGGAUGAGAUGACAACCAAGUUGAAGAUUGCUGGGUAUGUUCCAGUGUUUGGGGAACUAUUGCUUGAUAUUGAUGAUGAGGAAGAUAAAGAGACCGCUCUUUCUGUACACAGUGAGAAGCUCGCUAUUGCUUUUGGAUUAUUGAACACAGCACCUGGAACUCCAAUUCGUAUUGUGAAGAAUUUAAGAGUUUGUAGGGAUUGUCAUCAAGUAACGAAGUUCAUCUCCAAGGUUUAUGAUCGUGUAAUUAUAGUUCGAGACAGGACAAGGUAUCACCACUUCAAAGAUGGAAUCUGUUCUUGCAAAGACUACUGGUAGAUAAGAAAAGUGUUACACAACACAUGUCAGAUAAAUCUCUACCUGCUUGUUUCCCUAACUCCCUUGCUCCUUACAUACUAGUAUUUGACAAGGACAGAUUCAUGUAGCCAACCCCACUCAUUGGUAAAAGGUUUGGUAGUUAUUGUUAUUGCUGUAUAUAAUCAGCUCCUUUUGGAAGAUAAUGAUAAGAAAUAAAAGAGGUAAAGUUUUCAAUAUUUGCAUCGUUGGCCAGGUAUUCAAUUGGCUUUAUUAAAAGCUGGGAUUCUUGCUUCAUAUACUUUUGUGUGAUUCUUGAAGACUGUAACCUCUUUGUGGUUGUCAAUUCUCUACGGCUUCUAAUAAUGAAAUUUGCCUGAGGUUUGUCAACUUCCAUUUCUAUUGUAUACACGUGCUGAAUAAACGAUAGCUUGAUUUGGAAACUCAAGUUCGUUCCUCUUGGAACAGGUAAGGUAUACAUGUUGAGGAUUAAAUUGAUGUGUAGCUCUUGGCCAUCAUAAACACUUCAUUUAUCUGAAAAAAAUCUCAGGUGUUAUUUUUCAGUCCAACAUUAUUUUAUCUUCGUGAUUUUGGGUGUAGAACAAAUUUAUGUAUGACAGGUAAAGAUUUGUCCACUUUGAACCAAAUUCAACUUUUAGUAAUAGUUUUCCUGAAUGAUUCCUUCCCAUAGCCCUCAUUUUUGGCAUUGGAGUUUGCAGGUGAUCGAGAGAUGGCAUUUGACUAUAGGAGUAUGUCAAAGACUAGAGAGUGAGCGAGACAGAGGGAGAGCAAUUUAAUUUUAGAGAAAAUAGAUAUAUGGAGAAUGGAAGGUAAUAAUAUGAUGGGGUUCUGCUUCACUAAAGUGAGAGAUGGGUAAACUAAGUCAUGUUUACUUUGGUUGAGUUGUUUUAUUGACUUUUUAAAAUAGGUAUUUGUAAUGAUUUACUUUAUCCUCUCACUUUAGAGUAGGGGUGUUCGCGGAUUGGAUUGGAUCGGUUUUGAGGAGAAAAAUCAUCCGAUCCGAUCUCAUCGAUUUUAUGAUUUUGUCAUCCAAUGGAUUUUUUACUAAAUUCAAAUCCGAACCAAUCC